AUGCGUCGACCCGCCCUUGUGACGACUCUCUUCGCCACCCCGGCGCUCCUCCAGGAGCAGCCCGGCGGCUCGGGCUUUGCCUUCACCUCGUUCAACGCCACCAUUGGGGUUGAAGAUGAGGCACCCGCGCUCGGCUGCACGCUUUCCAUCGAGCUGAAUGACGUGACGGAGGGUUACCGGAUUACCGUGGGCCAGAUCGAUGUCUCGGGCAAGUCUGGGCUAGACACGGGCGUGCAGGCUACGGUCUCGACGUCCACGUCCUGGACGGGCGAAGAAGGAAGCAAGAUGUCCGAGGACCAGGUUCUUCUCGGAAGUGCCGUCGGUAUCGAGUUCCCGCUCGACUUCAAGCGGGCGGCACCUUCGCCGGACAAGCGAGCAAAUGCGGAGACCCGGCCGUCGAGCUCAACAUCCACGUCGAUGUUUCCCUGGAGCGCGACGCCGACGCCGAGGAAGCUCAGGGCGAGCUCUCAGUCGCGUUUGCGAGGAGCCCCCGCGGAAGAAGAAGACCCCGUUGAGGAGGACGAGUGCGUUGUUGACGGCGAAGAGGAGGCGCCCCCUGCUGAGGAGGAGCCCGUGGAAGAGGCACCCGAAGAUGAGUGCGUUGUUGAAGAGGACCCGGUCGAGGAGGUGCCCGAGGAUGAGUGCGCUACGGAGGAGGAAGGGGAGGCUGCGGAGGAGCCUGCUGAACCCGCCGAACCCGAGGCGCCAGUUGAGGAGGAGGAGCCCGUGGAAGAGGAGCCCGUGGAAGAGGAGCCCGUGGAAGAGGAGCCCGUGGAAGAGGAGCCCGUGGAAGAGGAGCCUGUUGAAGAGGAGCCUGUGGAGGAAGCUCCUGUUGAAGGCGAACACGCCCAUGGACCAUAUUGGGAUCCCGGCGAAGAUAUGCAUAUUGAUUCACAACUGAAGCAAUCAUCUACAAGCCAUAUUCAAUACAUGGAGGGUCACUUCAACGUGCACAUCCGACAUGCCGCAUCGUGA